GAGCCAUGGUGCAAUUGGAGGCAAAGUGAAGGUAAGAAGAGAAUUAGGAAUGUAGAGGGUUGAUAUAUUGGUGAUCGCGGUUGGAGGCGGCAGGCUUUAUGUGCCCGCAGCAGGGAAUGUAAUUAUGACGGUGAUAAGUAAGCUGGUUAGUCACUUGCACACCAUCACCCUACAUGGCCUGACUGAUAUUGGAAUUUGCAUGUCGGAAUUGGAACCAGAACACCGCGGCCGACACAGACGCGGGCACGUUGCACGUUGCAAGCGUUUGCAGCCGAAUCCAGGGCCAGCCGGGCCGUGGAAGUGUUGGGCCACGGUCGAAUGAGAGCAUGACCGACUUAUGGGGCACAGGAUGAGGCACAGAUGGAAACGGCAUGCAAGAUAAAUUAGGGAAUGACUCAGGACAAUUGAACAAUAGACGACGUGGAAAGAAAAAGGUUGGUUUCGACAAGCGAAUGCGCGGAGGUACCUGCGUCAUCAACGGCUUCCUUUGGCGCCAGAAGGGAAUGUUUGAGGCGGUGAUAGAUACCGCCAUUGCAUAUCUUAUCUAAUCGAUCGAUCGAACGAUGGCGAGGUCGGGACGCUGGGCCUUUAGAAGUGA